AUGCCAGCAUGGUUGCACAUAUAUACAGAUGGCUCAAGGCUUGAGAUAGAUGACGUUGCCGGUGCUGGCAUUUACUGUGAGCAUUUUUCCCACUAUCUUUCGUUGGGAACAGCCAAGACCGCUUCUGAUGAUGAAGUUGAGGCAAUCAAAGUAGCUUUAACUCAUUUAAAUGCUCGUCCUUCUCUUUUCGAUCAAGCUGUCAUCAUCUCGGAUUCCCAAGCUGCGAUUCUGGCCAUUGCCAACUGCUUUCAAGCCCCUAGCUCUUUUUCCAUUGUGAAAUGUAGAUCUUUAAUGACAGAGAUAGGUGAAAAAUAUAAAACGAUUGCCUUACAAUGA